AUGUUUAAGCAUAUAUUCAAGAAAUACCCAGAGCCUCUGGAGACUGGCUACUGGGGAAAACCAACCUCGACAAUCGAUUGGUGCGAGGAAAACUACGUGGUAUCGCCUUUCGUGGCAGAGUGGUCCAACACUAUUACAAACAGCGCAUUUGUGGCGCUGGCGAUGUACGUAACAUGGUCUGCGUACUACCACAAACUUGAAAAACGGUUUGUGAUGAUAGGAGUGGGUCUGGGCACCGUGGGCGUGGGAUCGUGGCUAUUCCACAUGACGCUUCGGUACGAAUACCAGCUUCUGGACGAGCUGCCCAUGAUCUACGCUACCUGCAUCCCGGCAUGGAGCAUAUUUUCCGAGGAACAACAUCUUUUGCGCAACAACACUCGUGGAACGCCCUCUUUGAUUCGACAAAGCAUCAUUGGAGCCGUCGUUUUUGGCUCCGCGGGGAUUUUGACCGUGGUUUAUAUGCUGUACCGCGACCCCACGAUCCACCAGACCGCGUACGCUGUGCUCAACGUGAUAGUGGUGUUCUCCGCAGGUGCCAUGGCCUCCAAAUACGUGCACGAUCCGCUGGCAAAACGCAAUCUGCGCAACACGAUGGCCCUCAGUAUCUCCAUCUUCCUGCUGGGGUAUUUCCUGUGGCAACUGGACGUGCAUUUCUGCUCCUUUUGGAUUUUCGUUCGCAGAACGUUUCUAAAUCUGCCUUUGGGGGUCUUUCUGGAACUGCACUCCUGGUGGCACCUUCUCACGGGCUCUGGCGUCUAUUUUUACAUCGUCCACCUCGAAUAUUUGCGCAUCUUGACUCAUGGUCAGUCAAACGACUACACUCUGUGCUGGAGAUGGAAGGUGUUUCCGGAGCUGAUCCAUUCCUCACGCACCAUCAGCACAAACUAUUCUACACAGUUUUUGGGAUCCUACGAGGCUUCACAACCCAGUGCUAAAGUUGACCAUGCCAAGAGCGAGUAA